UUCACCAUGGUUAAUAAACAUCACAUCGGACAGGCCCUUUGUGGUCUGCUCAAAUAUUCCACCCAAGGUCAUGGAGCCGCCACAAAGUCUGGACUUUGUGGAUAUGCAGAGAUCUCCACGGCAAACUGCCCUCAAGCUUGUAACAACAUCGCAAGUGCACUGCCGAGCAGAGUCAUCUUCUCCAGCAACGCUCAAGCAUACGAUGGCUCGCAAGCAGGCUACUGGACCGAGCAGCAGAGCGAAGAAGAGCCGGCUUGCUUCGUUGACCCCGAAUCCGCUCAUGAUGUCGCUCAGAUCUUGACCAUCGCCAAGGAGGCACGCUGCCCCUUUGCAGUCAAAGGCGGCGGUCAUACCUCUUUCGCGGGUGCUUCGAGCAUCAAUGGCGGCAUUUCUAUCGACAUGCGAAAGAUGAACGUCGUGACGCCCAACGAGAAUGGCACAGUCGUCAGCGUUGGACCUGGCUCUCGCUGGAAACAAGUCUACGACGCUAUUGAGCCAUUGAACAUCACCGUCGUUGGCGGUCGCGUUGCGUCCGUUGGAGUCGCUGGCUUGACUACAGGCGGUGGCCUCUCUUUCUUCACUGGUCUGCACGGCUUCGCUUGCGACAAUGUGCAGAACUACGAAGUCGUCACCGCAGACGGCAGAAUUCGCAACGCCAACGAGACUUCCAACCCAAACUUGUACUUCGCCCUGCGUGGAGGAAGCGGCAACUUCGGAAUCGUCACCCGCUUCGACUUCGACGCCUACCCUUCCGGUGACUCCGUGAUCGGUGGCAACCUGAACUUCAACCAAACCCAAGCAGUCGCCGCAACGGACGCCUACUACGAGUUCUGCGACACCAUCAACCACGUCCCCGAAGCGACCACCUGGCUCGCCUUCUCCUACAUCCCCGCAUUGGGCCAGCACAUCCUCAACAUGCUCCCCUUCUACGCCAACUCCACUGACCCCUCCGGUGCAGCAGCCGUCUACAAGAACUUCACUUCUCUCCCCACCCUCAGCAACGACAUCAAAGUCACCACGCAAUCUGCCCUCACGCAAGCCAAUUCCCAACCCGCCGGCUACCGCAACACAUGGUGGGCGUUCUCCUUCCGCCCCGACCGCGAACUCAUGCAAGAGACCGUCCAGCGCUUCCUAGAGUGGGACAAGACUCGCUACAACGGCACCUUCUCCAUGGUCUACACCGUCGUCAGCAAGCCUGCUCUCGCACGCAUGUCUCGUCGAGGUGGCAACCCUCUCGGUCUGAGCGAGUCCGAUGGUCCGCUCAUCAUCGUGCUCAUGUCCCCGCAGUGGAGUGAUCCCGCGCAGGACGAGGAGGUGAUUGGCAUGACGCGGGACUUUGUCGAUGAGACGGUCGCGAGGUCGAAGGCGAAGGGCGUGGAUAAUCCGUAUAUCUAUUUGAACUAUGCGGAUGUGAGGCAGGAUGUUCUUGCGGGGUAUGGAGAAGGCAAUUUGGCAAGGUUGAGGGCGAUUUCGGCGGAGUACGAUCCUGAGCGGGUGUUUCAGCAAUUGGCGCCGGGUGGGCACAAGUUAUUCUGAAGGCUGGUGUAGAUAAAUGGUAUGACAGUACGAAGAGAACGAUAU